UCUCGACGUCACGUUUUACCCUCUGUGUUAACCACACGUGAUGGACUUGGCUCUUGUUAUGUGCUUUAUGCACUGGAAAUACUGUUCACUUUAGAGACUGGAGACACUUCCAAUCUGCUCCAAACAGAAGCAGUGGACACGAGGCUGGAGUGUCUCACGUGUCCUGCUCUUAUGACACAGCUGCUGUUUCUUGCAGGAGUCAUGAAGUGGUUGGUGGUGAGUUUGGUGAUGCUCUGGAGCUCUGAGGCUGCAGGAACUGACGUGAGCUGCAAAGAUGAAAACGGCGACAAAGUGGAUUGGUACAUUCUGUAUAAAGCACCAAAGGACAACAAAGACACAUCCAAACUCAAACUCGAACUCAAACUCAAACCGCUGAGGGCGACGAGUAUGUUUAUAUCAGCAAGAAUGUGAAGAGAAAACUGCCAAAUCCAUCACAGAAAUCCUGAGGAACACUCUCAGCCCCAUGCUCAAAUCAGUGCGGGACAUGGACGAAUCCUUUGGCUUCCUGAGCUACAACGACCAACCUCCAGGAUCCAACAGUGGAUCAGAGUAUGGACACAGCAAAGGUGUGGUGAUGGGGGACAGCAGCACUGGAACCGGUCUGUGGUUCACUCACAGCACUCCUCAGUUUCCGUUCAGGAGGGACCAGAACCUUUUCUGGCCUGAUAGUGGUUAUACAAAUGCUCAGACCUUCAUGUGUGUGACUCUGGGCUAUGAUGAUCUCAAGACUGUAGGGAGACACCUACAGAACAUCAGAGCUCUUGUUUUUGAUCAUGACCUUCCUGUUGACUUCCACAAAGAGCUAAAGGAUGCAGUCCAAAAAAGCCCAGACACUCGCAGUGACUCUGACCACGAGAAACUCCAAGAUCUAAAGACCAAAGAUGGAAAGGAGCUAAAGAUCCUGGCAAAAAAAACUGGCAAAACAGCUGAAGUUGGAGACCUGUACGUGCAGCUUGCUGAAGAGUUUAAAAGUGACAUGAACGCUCAGACCUGGGACCAUAAUGGUCAAAGAGACAAGAGCUUCUGUUAUAUAGGCUAUAACGUGGUUAACAUAAAAGAGGUCAGCACAGAUGUUGGAGUGUGGAUCAACACAAAAGAUCACUCCAAAUGGGCUAUAACCACUUAUGAAACUAUCCACUGGACCUGCAUCGCAGAUAACAAUAGAAGUCCAUCACAGUACGAAAGGCCUGGAGGAGCUCUGUGCAUCAAGGACGAACAAGUCAAAAACUACUUUGAAGAGUUCAUAAAGACUACAGAAGACUGUCCCAAACGAAAACGAAGCCAUGAUUCUCUUGGAAGUUUACCUUCCUCUUUUCCAAAAAAAAAACUAAAUUGAAUUUGAAUUGAAUUUGUUUGGAGGAUAAGCCCCUUGAGAUGUGUCACCAUCUCGUUUUCAAGGGGGGUCCUCAUGAAAAACUAGCACAGAGCCAACACCAAAAACCACCCGUGAGACUCCAUCCAUCCAUCCAUUUUCUUCCGUUUAUCCGGGGCCGGGUCGCGGGGGGAGCAGCCUAAGCAGGGACUCCCAGACUUCCUUCACCCCAGACACGUCCUCCAGCUCCUCCGGGGGGACCCCGAGGCGUUCCCAGGCCAGCCGAGAGACAUAGUCCCUCCAGCGUGUCCUGGGUCUUCCCCGGGGCCUCCUCCCGGUGGGACAUGAACACCUCCCGAGGGAGACGUCCAGGAGGCAUCCGGAACAGAUGCCCGAGCCUCAACUGGCUCCUCUCGAUGUGGAGGAGCAGCGGCUCUACUCCGAGCUCCUCCCGUGUGACUGAGCUCCUCACUCUGUCUCUAAGGGAGACGCCCAGCCACCCUGCGGAGGAAACUCAUUUCGAGCGCUUGUAUCUGUGAUCUCGUCCUUUCGGUCACUACCCAGAGCUCAUGACCAGAGGUGAGAGGAGGAACGAAGACUGACCGGUAAAUCGAGAGCUUCACCUUUCGACUCAGCUCCUCUUCACCACAACGGUCCGAUACAGCGACCGCAUCACUGCCGAAGCUGCACCGAUCCGCCUGUCAAUCUCACGCUUCCGUCCUCCCCUCACUCGUGAACAA